UUCGAAAAUGGGAUUUGAGGGACUCAUAAAUGACUCUAUGCCACCCAAGGAUCCUGAAGAGGGAGGUGAAAAUUGUGAAGGCAAUGCAGAUCCAGAAAGCCUUUCUGACAUUGACGAUGCAGAGGCUGAUGGGUACCUUCACAAUGAGGAAGAAACACAAUAUAAAAAGAUUAUCUGGGAGGAAAUGAACAAAGAGUACCUUGAGGAACAAGCAGCCAAGGAAGCUUUGGCAGCUGAAUUGGCAGCUACAGGGAUUGAUCCAGAAGCGGGAAAGAAAGUAAGGAACAAUUUUGGGCAACAAAACUUCCUGUUUAACUUUGGCAACUGA